AUGGCAGUGCGACUGCUCAGACUGCUCAUCGGAUUUCUUCCGAUAGCGCCUGCCAAUGCUGCGUGCCACUUUGAUAUUCCCAAACGACCGAAGCAGCAGCAGAGCUUGAGACUCAUCAAGCAUGACUGGACCUCGCACCAACUAGUAGCAGAGGUGGCUGCAAUCCUUCUGGAGGAGAUCCUGAUGUACGAUGUUGUUCGGGUGACGCCGGAUCUUGGGCCUGCGCACGAUUUCAGGUCCGUUGCCAUGGGCAGCUCGGAUGCUAACUUCGAAGUCUGGCAAGGUGGGAAGGACAAGCAGAUAGAGAAGUGGGUCCGAUUGGGAAAGGCCAUAGUUGCGAAUAGCCAUCGCAUCUCGGGCUUCAGUGGCCUCUACACCCUGAGGCAAACCAUCGAGCGCUUUCCACAGGCCGAGUUCUAUCAGAAUCUCGGAAACCCCGAGUUGCAGUGGACAACUUUGGUGGAAGGGGAGCCUGAGGCAGAUCCUACAGGUCUGUGUUCUCGCCCAGAGUGGAAGUGCCGGAACUUCACCUGGCAGUCCCCAUCCUGCCGAGGUUCGCAAGGUUCGCAAGGUUCGCGAUGCUCGGGCCAAGUCUUGCACGACUACUCCCACUACACGCAGGGCAUUCUGGAGCAGCAGAUCGCCAACAACAAUCUCUCGCUGUCCGUGGCCUACUUGACCUCGACCUCCAAGGAGAAGCAGAUUUGGGAAGCAGUGGCUUCCAGGCGAGAUCUACUUUUUCAGCACUACCACCCAUCACCCGGGGUGGAUGGAGUGCCUGUUGCAGACCUCGUCCCCAUCCAGUUUCCGCCGAGGAAGUACGGCUGCAAUGACACGGAGGCCAUGGUUCCCGUGGGAGGAUUUGGCUGCCACUUGGAAGGCCAACCUCUCAUCAGCCUCGUCUCCCCGGCCUUGCAGGCAUCUCCUGAUGCUGCCCACUUUGCUGCCAGCUUCAGCCUGGACCAGGAGGACUAUGAGCGCCUGUUUCUCGCCUGGAGAGAGGCGGACAGGGACCCGCACCUGGCCGCCUGCCGGUGGCUGAAGGAAACCGGCACGGGGAGGUGGGGGCGCUGGAUCCGCUUCAGCAAGCAAGUCCGAAUGAUCGAGGAGUUCCCUCCCAUGCAUGGCUGCUUUCCGACCUGCUACACCUUCUUGGUGCUGACAUUGGGAACCGCCUUGGUCUUCAGGCAGCCCGACCUGCUCGAGAAGGCUAUUCGGAGGUUGCGGGGGCUUGCGGAACCCAACCCGGAGCCUGCUCGUGACUUCCACGACCUGGAGAAGGCGCUCCAGGAGCAGGCGUCCCAAGCUACCUUCGGGGUCGGCCCCUGCCGUGGCAUCGAGUUUGUUCAGGUGAAGGCGGCGCUGCUCAAGGGCCUGGGCUUCAUGAGCUUCUCGCGGGACGAGGAGAACUUCUGCCAAGGAAACGGUGACGGGUGCAUCCCGCCACCUGCCUUUUCAUGCUUCCGCCAGUAUUGCCACACUCCGGGGGAGGUCCUGGUCUACAUCAUGACUUCGGGCCUUGUUCGGAUUUCACUCAGUGCCAUUACCUUCGCCUGCGCCACCGGAAUGGUCGGGGCACUCCUGGCGGAGGUUCGGGCCACCAUCGAGAAGAACAAGCAGGUUGAUCCGACUUUACAAGCCGAGGAUUGGUACACUCUCUUUUUGUCCAAUCUACGAACUGUUGCCGGCAUCAUGGAUGACUUCAAGUUUCUUCCAACUUUCUUUCUUACCUACAUGAUCGGACAAGAUGUCUCCCGGUGGUUGCAGUGGCUUCGAACCAUGUUCAGCGUGCAGGGCAGACUGCAUGACGUGACGUUGGUUGUGGCCAGCUCGUACAGGAGGUUGAAUGAUCCAGCCACUGGCAAAGCACAGCGUCAGAGACUGUUUAGGUGGUACAGAUAUUUGAAUGCAAUCCAUUACCUCGCCUACUUCAAGCUUGAUCCUCGGGUGGGAGGAUCGCCAGAACAGGUUGUGCAGGAGCUUCGGUCGGUGGGCCUGCUCACCGACGGGGAGGGCCAGCAACUCCUCUUCGCAAGGGCGAAGCUUCGUGACACGCUCGUGUCGUGGCUUGGCACGCUGUGGCACGAGGAGCUCGAGUGUGAUUCGGUGCAAGCUGCAGACACGGAGACGUUCAUGCGGAAGAUGUGCGAGCUUCGUGGCAUAUUGGCCUCACUGGCAGACAUGCCUGACAUGCAGACGAGUCAGCUGAUGAGGGUAAUGAUGGUCGUGGUCACAAACGUUCUGCUUGCUUUGGCGCUGGUGGGGUACCCGACCAAGAUGUAUGCUGAGACGAAGCAAUGCUUUCAAUUCUGGCCUUUGGUGGCCUCGUGCCUUUAUUUCAUUUGCUACAGGGGCAUGCUGCGUGUGAUGUUCGUGUUGGACAAAGGCCCGUUCCAUGCCAGUGGAGACUGUGUCAACGUGGACGCGCUGCUUGUCAGUACGGAGCGGUUCACUUUCCACGUGUUCCGCACAUCCUUCAAGACCCUGAAGUCUGACUGUCAAGCCCAGCUUGGCCAAACGGUCCAAGCGAACACUGACUUCAAGCUGCGCCAGGGACUCCAGAAUAUUCCAAAGUAG